UUUGGCUGAAACUGUUUUCUCUUUUUCUGUUUUCCCGUUUUUGACCCGGGAAAACUUUUCAUCGACCGUGACUUGUUCCCAUUUCGCACCCAAAGCAUAUUCCUUUCUCUCCCCACUUUCUUUCGGAAUUUAAAAAUACACACACUAUACACAAAAAUCACGCAGAAAAACCCCAACUUUUUGAAUGCAGAAGAAGCACCGAAGAUCAAACGGAACCCAAUUGAUAUUUCGCCCCGGAAGCUCGAUUGUUGCAAUCCCAGGUGUAUAACAUGUCGUAUCCGUCUUGAUUUAUAUCUUAAACCCAACUUUUGUGUUGAGGAAGUUUUAAGUGCCAAUUAGGUUAGGAUUUUAGGACAUAACAAAGCAUGAGGAUUAAGCGGUUUGGGUUCAUGGAUUUCGAUGAAGGGUCUCCAUACAAUUCACAUUUUAGUUCAUUUGCGGAUAAUUCAUUGCAACGGUGUAGAUACUUUCAUGUUCCCGGAAGCUUAGCUCUUGAAGGAGCAUUUAACCACAUCUCAAAACUUGCUGGUUCUUUACUAUUCUUCUUCUCUAGUGGACCCAAUACAAAUGCUACUAGAGAUAUAGAGGGUAAUUUGCAUGAUUCUGAACCUGGAAGCUCCACGUCUUAUCCACAAGUUAAACAUUUUACUUCUGGUCGACAUAAUCUUAGAGGAUUUCACUUUGGAUUUGCAUCAAGAGGAGAAUCUGCUAAUGCAGUGAUUUUUGGAAAGAUUUCGGCUUUUGUAAUGCAAUUCCUACACAGAGAAGGAAAGCUACAUUCACAUCCCUUGCUCUCGUUAGCUGCUGGACUUGUACCUCCUUUUGGCAGCUUAUCUUCAAAUGUACUAGCUGUUCCAUUGGAUACUACGGAUGUCUUGGAUCAAAGGCCUUGUGAGGUUGGGCAUCACAGAUGUGCAGGAUUACCAAUUCCCGACUUGAACUGGAGAAGACAUGCAGUGGAACCUAUUACUGGCACUGAGUUUCCUAUGAUUUUGGACGACGUUUUAACAGGGGAGAGUAAUUCCAGUUUAAGUUCAGAGGUCCUUGUGGGAACUGGAUCCAAAACAAUGACAAUAAUCAAAAUAAAAUCUCUGAAGGUCUAUGCAUUUGGGUUCUAUAUCCAUCCUCACUCUGUUUGCAAGAAAUUGGGGCCAAAAUAUGCUUCCAUUUCAGUAGAUGAACUAAACAAGUGCCAUGAUUUCUAUGAAGAUCUUCUCAGGGCGGAUAUUGAUAUGACAGUUAGGCUUGUGGUUAAUUGCAAUGGGAUGAAAAUCAAUACUGUGAGAGAUGCCUUUGAGAAAUCCCUUCGAGCUCGAUUGGUGAAGGCGAACCCAGAGACUGACUAUCAUUGCAUAAGAACAUUUGGUUCAAACUUCACACAAGAUAUUCCUUUGCCAGUGGGAACGACAAUUGAUUUCCAACGCACAGCUGAUGGAAACUUAAUUACUAAAAUUGAAGGUAAUCAGAUUGGAGCAGUCCACAGCAAGGAUCUGUGCAGAGCCUUCUUUGACAUGUACCUGGGUGAUGUCCCGGUGUCAGAGCAAACAAAAGAAGAGAUUGGCAGAAACGUCGCCAAUAUUAUUCAAAGUUGCUGAAAUGUGGCUCCGUUGUCUAACUUUUUAAAGGGCAAGUGGUUGCCAAUCCGGUGAAACUGCUUACUGCUCAACCAUAUUUUUUGUUCACACGCACUGAAGCUCAGCAGUGCCAGAUGCUGAAGACGUUGAUUCGACUGGAAGGCCUCACAAAAGCAAUCAGAGCCUGCUGCAAAAGUUUAAAGGCUUGGCUGGGGUCUCGCCGGCUUCUAGAAUAGCGAUUAUUUUCUUACGGAAUGUGCCAUUUUUUGUAGCUUAGCAGAUGUUAGAUGCGAUUAUUUUCGAAUUGUAGCUACUGAAAGUAUCCCAUGAGAAUAGUUUGGUUUCUUCUUGAUGAUAUAUUCAUAUUUUUACUACA